AAAAAAAAACUACAUUUUUCUUUCUCUUCCAUUUCCAUCACAUAUAUAAAUACACCCUUCACCCUUCCUCUUCAAUUCAUCCUUUGCAUUUCAAUCUCUCCCUUCUCUCUCUCCAUACAAAAAUCUCUCCAGUUAGCUCUUUCUCUUCUUCAAAUAAACAAAAUGGAAAACAACCUACCAAUAAUAACAAAGAGAGUAUGGAACAUGAUACGUGUAGCCUUGUUCAUGUUAAGAAAAGGCAUAUCCAAGGGAAAACUUAUGAUGGACCUAAACAUGAUGCUCAAACGCCGCCGCAAGCUCGCCGGAAAAGCCAUCACCAACCUCAUUUUCCCUCACCACCACGGCAGCUCCACCUCAAGAGAAUACGAAUUCAGCUGCAGCAACACACCUAAUUACAAAUUUGUCCUCAACAACAAGCGUCACCACCGCAACAACCACUUCUUCGCGUGUGCUCACGCGCCUCUCACGCAAGACGACGACAUUGUGACCGUUAAUGCUGUUAAGACUAUGUUGGAGAAUAUGGUAAAUAAUCACGAGGUGAUGGUUGAGGCUUCCCCGGCGCUCCCCGGGUUCGGGCGGACACCUAAGGCGAGACAGUUGAGGGUGACUGACUCGCCUUUUCCGGUGGACGACACUGAUACGGUUGCGGAGGUUGACAAGGCGGCCGAAACUUUUAUAAAGAGGUUCUACUCGCAGUUGAGGAAGCAGGAUUGAGUCUGUUUUCAUAAUUUUGAUUUUUAACAUUUAAUAAAUGUUAAUUAUGAUUAUGAUUUUUAAACGUAAAACUGUAGUAAGCAAUUUUGGAUAAUGUUAUGUACUUCUUUGUGGAAGUAGGGGAGACGAUGCAUGUUAAUUAUGUUGAGGAUGAUUAACCUUGUAUGUUUAGUUGUUGAAGUAGGAGAGGAUGGAUAUUAAUUAUGUUGAGGAUGAACGAUAAAAAUAAAAAUGUUAUGAAAAGUUUAAUA